CCAUCAGACGGCAGGAGGCUCGGGGAACUCCUGCCCUUUCCUCCGGCACCAGACAAGAUUAAAGGGAUGAACAGACAGAAACUGAGAGUCAACACAUCCUCCCACACAGGCUGCAUCAACAAAAAAAGCUCUGUCAGACGAGACGGAGGCGGCACAAUGCAGCCAUAGUCUGCUCCUGUGGCUGCUGAGCAAACACCACGACUGUGACUGAGUGUUUGUAGCCACAGGCAAAUCUCCGAUUUCUAGUCAUGACAGUCUCAUAGGUUUUCAGUUGAUGUAUAGUUUAAUUAGAAAUUUGAGAUUCUCUGAUUUGAGCUUGACGCGUCCAGCACUGGCUGAUUAAAGGACGAACGCUUUGACUUGUGAAACUCUCUGAGGAGCGGUUCAUCUGGAGCGCGAUGAAGGAUAGUACUUUAAAAGUGAAGUGAUGGCUGCACCAAUCACCGCUGGAGGACGGGAGGGGCUGGGCGAGGGAGUGAUGAUGUCAGGGUUUGACAGAUGAAACAUCAGACAGCCACUCAGUUUGAAAAAAAAAAAAAAAGGAAAACUCAAGAUGCGUCCUCUCGCCGGUCAUUGUUCAGCACAUUUAUUCAGCAGAGCCGUCAGAACAGCAGCAUCCAGGUACAAUGUGCUUUUAUUCCUGUUAAAUAUAUUAGAUUUUAUCUAAAGUGCUUCCAACUUUAUUGUACUAAUUAUUAUUAAGUUGAUUGAGUCUGUUUUAUAUUAUCAAUGAAAACCAACUGCAAUUACAGUUCUGCAACAACUACACAAUAUUAAUAUAUGUCAUUUUCAUUCUGUUACAGGCGAUCCUCUUAGUCCCAAUAAUCCCAGCAGCCCUCUGGGAUGUUUGCUGGUCCCGUGCUGGUUUAGCGCCGGCAGAGGCGCUCAUGGCUCAGAGGCGAGCGGCCGCGGGCGGCUGCUGCUGCCGCCCGCGGGCGCCCGUGAACGAGGACAACGCCCGCUUCUGCCUGCUGGCGGCGCUCAUCCUGCUCUACCUGCUGUGCGGCGCCGCCAUCUUCUCGGCCCUGGAGCACCCGUUCGAGCUGCGCGCCCGCCGCCUCUGGAAGCAGCAGCUGGACGACUUCACCCAGAGGCACAGGGUGAACCUGGGCGCCCUGCAGACGCUGCUGAGGCAGUACGAGGAGGCGAACGGGGCCGGGAUCCGGGUGGACACGCUGAGGCCCCGCUGGGACUUCGCUGGAGCCUUCUAUUUCGUGGGAACAGUGGUCUCCACCAUUGGCUUUGGCAUGACCACGCCAGCGACCAUAGCCGGAAAGAUCUUCCUCAUCUUCUACGGCCUGAUCGGCUGCGCCGCCACCAUCCUCUUCUUCAACCUCUUCCUGGAGCGCAUCAUCACCAUGCUGGCGUACGUGAUGCGCUGGUGCCACAAGCGCCGGCUGAGGUGCGCCGGCGUCCGGGCGGAGGCGAGCGGGGAGGAGCGGCCGGGCGAGGAGGACAGCCUGGAGGGCUGGAAGCCAUCGGUCUACUACGUGAUGCUGAUCCUGGGAAUGGCCUCCAUUGUAAUCGCGUGCAGUGCCUCCACUCUGUACAGCUCCAUGGAGAACUGGAGCUACGUGGACUCCCUCUAUUUCUGCUUCGUAGCCUUCAGCACCAUUGGCUUCGGGGACCUGGUGAGCAGCCAGCGACAGCAGUACGACUCCCAGGAGGCCUACCGGCUUGGGAACUGCCUCUUCAUCCUCAUGGGAGUUUGUUGCAUCUACUCGCUUUUCAACGUCAUCUCUAUUAUCAUCAAGCAGACGCUUAACUGGAUUCUCGGCAGGCUGGCGUGCUCCGGGAAGCACCGCCUUGGCUCUUGCUCCACGAGAGGCUGCUGGAGGCUCCGCUGCCCGUGCGUCCCAAGCAAAGGCCGCCGCGGCGGGCGCGUGCCCGCGCACCUCCGCCGCAAGCGCCCGAAGCGCAACGCCGUGCAGCCGGCGGCGUCGCGCGGCUCCGCGGGCGCGCACCGCUACACGGACGGCUCGGUGGAGAGCGUGUGCGACAGCGAGACGGACGCGGGCGCGGCGGGGGCGGCGGCGGCGGCGGCGGCCGACGGCGCGCGCGCGGGCCGCCGCGUGUCGGAGGAGAUGAUCUCCGUCAACGAGUUCAUGGUGUCCAACAAGGUGUCGCUGGCGCUGCUGCAGAAGCAGCUGAGCGAGACGGCGCACCAGGGCCCGCGGCAGAGCUACGGCCACCAGAACGGCUUCUCCGGCGGCGUCGGGGCCCUGGGCGUCAUGAACAACCGCCUGCAGGAGACCAGCGUGGAUAGAUAGCGGCACGGAGGCUUUCCAGUUCAACAAAAGUAGAAUAAUUAAUAAUGAUUUUAGUAGAUGCCUGUGCAGCUUGGGUUCUGGACAGCGAUUAAUUGCAAACAUGUGAGAGUAGAGAGACGGCAAAAAGACGGCUAGACUAUAAAGGACCGUGAAGAGGAGGCUGAUGUCCUGAAGUGAUUGGCUCGCGCACAAGCAAUCAGAUGGAAGAAACGGUGAAGGGCCUCUCGAAGCGGACCGCUGAUUUAAGAGGGAGAGAUGCGCGAGUGGACGCUGAUCAUUAGCGAACGCGCAGGCCCUGAACGCAACAUCUGCCGUCCCCGCAGCCUCUCCAGCGCAGGAGAGGCAUUCAUUUGUUGUCGUGCUCACAAGUUGCUCGUCCCGUUGCACCAACGCCCGUCCCUGGAACGUCAUGAAAGAGCUCCGAGCGCAGCUAAUCAAACGCGGCGCGUGGAGGGCGUCCUCGUGUCGGUAAGUGCUGCGCAGAGGGGAGCGGGGUCACGUCACAUCAGCUGGAGGAGAUCCUCUACUAUGCAAGUAAGCCCACUUUAAUUACACGGCGUCCUGCAUCAGCUUUGGAUCAGUGCGAGAUCUUCUAGAGGAUCAUCGUGAACAUCAUCAGUGUUCGUGUAGUAAAUGGAUGAAGAAAUACUGCAAUUUAGUGCCAGUCAAAUAUUCUUUAUUUGGGUUCAAAACAAUCAUGUGAUGCCUAUACACUGAAAAUGGAGGAUGAAUAAGGCAGCACAGACUAAUGGAAAAAAUACAUUUCACAUUGUGCUGGAGAAAGUAUUUAGAAUUAUUGUAUGAAUAAACAGAAGAACUAGAAACAAGAAAUAAAACCUAUUCUGAAAGGUCAGCUAGGGUGUAUGUUGUAUUUGAUCACGUAUGUGGUGUUAGAUCAGGGCUUGCCACAACAUGCUGUAUGAUAACAACACAUGAAAUUAGCUUUAGGUAAGUGGUUCUUAGUUUACAUGCUUGAAAGGAAACUUCUCUAGAGUCUAGAUGAUCUGUGAAAUGUAUUUUUUCAUAUUGCAUGUUGACAUUUAAUUAGAACUGUAUUAAACAAUGUUGUCUGUGUGUGUGUGUGCGUCAUUUCAACUAUGAGGGAAAAAAGCUGUUAUCGCGGGAACUAAACAACAGAACUGACAUGUCUCAUAAUGCAAACUAUAAUUCUUCAGAUUAUGAUUAUUUUACAGGUAUACCCGUCUUAUCUUACAUUCCUUGACUCACCCAAUGGUCAGUUUCACAGUUGGCUGUUGCUGAGUUCUACAGGCUGUCGCUUGGAAUUAUCUUCUGCGCUUCCCGUUGGCUGGAUAUGAGGCAGAGAUUUGUUGCUGGGUCAGAGUCUCUGAGUGAGCUUACAAAAUGUCUUUGUCGUGUAGAAAUAUAAAUAUACUGUCUCAGACUUUAUUGUUAGUUGUAUUUUUGCAUUGUACUUAUUGUGACCAGUUGCUGCUUGCGAUUUACACAAGCAAACGAACAUCAUGUCAUUUCCCUUUUUUCUUGGAUUGCACAUAUGAAGAGAACUGCUGCACCGCUGGAUCCGCUGGAGACGACGUCCUGCUGGCGUCUCAGGCGUCUCCCAGGCCCUGGACACGUAAUGGAGGAGAUGAUGGUCAAUCUACUGUGCGCAGUGAAGGAAACCUCCUCCUAUGGCUGGACUGAGUCUGCUGUACUUACAUUUGGUACCGUGGGCUUGCGCGUCUCUCUUUGCUGGUAGUAAGCAGAUAUGAUGCAGUUCCUCCUGUAACACACAUGUCAUAGAGUUAUCCUCUGCACACUGUAAAUCUGCACACGUACCCCUCUCGCGGCACUCACUUGCUUUGUAUGCCUCCCCCUGGUGGCAGACCAGGGAUGGCGCUGGAUGCGAGGACGGUGAGGACUGACAGCAGGUCCGGCUCCUCCCCUCUGGCGCACAGCUCAUCAUAAAUCUCUGUCAGAACACAAAGUCAAUAAUAACAACAAUAAUGAUAAUAACUAGGCUUCUUUGGUCGACAUCAUGUGCGGCACCUGCUACUUUGGAUUCCAGCAGGUCCUCCAGCUCGGCCUCCUGGUGCAGGGCGUCCGCGGACAGCUGGGGGGCUCCGGGGAAGCACAGCAGGAUGAUGCUGAUGUUGUCCAGGCUGCCCUGUGGAGCGCGAGCCGGGGUCAGUGCGAUGACGGCCCGGCGUACGAACCGCCGGCGCGCAGCCACGCGCGUGCGCGCUUUUAGAAUCAGAUCGUUUGCGCCUCAAGGUCAGGCAGACGCGGUGGAGCUGGAAACGCGUGAAUAGGUUGCGCGAAAGAGGCGGUGACGUUUUGAGGUCAUUGUGCAAAUAGACGCCGGAACCCUGUUACAUAAUGGAGUGACAUGAUGGAUGUGAUGGCCAGAGUGCAGCUCUCACAGUUACAUCCUGAUGUGACCCUCGCUGUCUUCAUACAUCAGCCUAAUUGUAAUGAAUGCAUAAUAUAAAUACAAUUAAUGAGAGUGAAGGGAAUAAUUAUUACCUCAGUCAUUUGAAAUUCAUCCCAAUGUAUUAGGAUCAAUUCUGUGCUGUUGAACCUUUCACCAUCUACACUCAGAGCGAGAGUGGCUGCAAUCAGGCCUUCAAAGGAACCUGCAAUAAUCCCAUGUAAGCGGUUCUGACACCUCUGAGGUCUAUUUUAAGGUGGUCUGUCACACUAUUGUACCAACAGCAGCCACACUGUAAGUGAGACACAACCAGCGCUGGCGUGACUCACUGUUCCUUUCUGCCCUGAUUAUACAUUGGCUGUUCCUUUUUAGAUCUCUGCAUCCAAACGAGCACAAACAUCUGCUAAGCGGCUGUUAUUAAUAUGUUUGUAUGGGACCAAUGAUUCAGUAAUGAAUAAAAACGACUUUUAAUUUAAA